AUGAGUUUGAUAAAUAGAAUAUUUUUUCCGGGUAUUGUCCCUGCAAUACAAGAUAAACUUGUAUUACUACCGCUACCUAAAUCCUUAAAAUCACUUAUUUUGCAUCCAGCAGGACCAUUUACAAUUCAUUUUUAUGCCCCUGCCUUUAAAUGGGCCAUUUCCAUUGCUAACAUUGCAGAUAUGAACAGGCCCAUUGAAAAAAUAUCAACACCUCAGCAAAUAGCUGUAUCAUGUACUGGUAUCAUUUGGUCAAGGUUUAGCAUGGUCAUCACUCCUAAAAACUAUAACCUCUUUCUAGUUAAUAUUGUGAUGGCUGGAACAGGAUUUUACCAAUUAACACGGAUUGGCGCUUCAAAAUUAUCAUUUUUAAAUUAUCCACGCACUACAUGA